AUGACCGAAGAUACUGCCCUAACAAGUUUUUCUAACAGCUCAAAUAAUGAUGGGGAUAAUAGCAACAGAGACAGUAACAAUUUAAGUGUUCUUUUAAACAACUCUUCUCCUAAUACCACUGGCUCUUCUAAGACGACAUCUAAUUCCAUUUUAUCAAAUAACGAAAAAUUUAAUCAAAAUACAGACGAGAUUCAAAUUCAAAUCGAUCCUAUAAAACAAGAAUCUGGCGAUAUAAGCGAUCAGAACAUUCUUCAAGAUAAUGAUAUUACUAAAGACAAAGAGAAUAAUGAUAUAGAAAAUUCAGAUGUAGAAAUGGAAGAUAUCAAUCAAAUAAAUAAUAAUGAGGAAGAAAUAGAAAAAAUAUCCUUAAUAACUGUGUUUGAUAAGGACUCCUCUAAAGAUAAUAAAAGCACUGAUAAGGAUAGCCCUAUUGGAGAAAAUAACCAUGAAAAUAGGCAAUGUGGGGACGAAAAUGAUAGUAAGAAUGGAAAUAAAGUUGAAAAUGAAAAUGAAACCAAGAUUGAAAAUAACUCCAAUGGUAGCAAUAAUAAUGAAAAUGAUAGAAUGGAAAUACAUCAUGAUAAAGACAAUUAUAACACAAAAGAAUUAUCAAGUGACUCCAAUGGUAUUAAUAAUCUACUAAUAAAUAACCUUAUUGAAAAAACAAUAAAUGAUUCAAUUUCAGAUAAUAGAAACAACUCAAAACAAGAAAAAAUCAAAGACAAUCCCAAAAAUAACACUGAAGAAGAUACUCCAAAAAAUAAUCAGAUAGAAAAUCUACCAGAAAAAAAUGAUAAAGAGAAUGAAAAGGAGGAAAAUAUACAGAUCGAGAAAGAACUAACUGAAGAGGAAAUAAAAGAAAGGGAAAAACAAGAACUAAUCAAGUUUCGUCAAGAAGCAAUUGAAUCACUUAAAGAUAUUGAAAUCCACUUUGCUAAGCUAAAAGAUCGUUUGUAUGAGGAUAAACUAUCCAGAUAUAAAAGCGAGAUCGAAAUGUGUAUAAAUGGAUCCCAUCCUUCACUAAGAAUAAUGUACGAAAAAAUUGAAAAAGAUAGAAACCAAAAAAUCAACUUGAUAUUCGAUACACCAGCAGUUCUUCAAGGACUCAGUUGA